GGGGAGUCUGAGGUUGCCUAGAAACGGUAGCAGCACACCCGCCUCAGUUUUCCGCCUCCGACUUCCCCAGGGUAUUUCCGGUUCCGGCUGCCGGCCGGAGAAGACAUGGCGGCGUCAGCGUCGGCAGCUGCCGGGGAGGAGGACUGGGUCCUUCCCUCUGAAGUCGAAGUGUUAGAGUCUAUCUAUCUGGAUGAACUACAGGUGAUUAAAGGAAAUGGCAGCCUCUGCUCUGUUACAUCCUGGGUCUUCACUUCAUCCACCUGCAGAUCUUCACCAUGGGAGAUCUUCAUCACUCUGCACCCUGCCACUGCAGAGGAUCAAGAUUCACAGUAUGUUUGCUUUACUCUGGUGCUUCAGGUCCCAGUGCAGUAUCCCCAAGAGGUGCCACAGAUAUCUAUCCGUAACCCCCGAGGACUCUCAGAUGAGCAGAUCCACAAGAUCUCACAAGCACUGGGCCACGUGGCCAAAGCAGGACUGGGCACUGCCAUGCUCUAUGAACUAAUUGAGAAAGGGAAAGAAAUUCUCACAGAUAACAACAUCCCCCAUGGCCAGUGUGUCAUCUGUCUCUAUGGCUUUCAGGACAAGGAAGCCUUUACCAAAACGCCCUGUUACCACUACUUCCACUGCCACUGUCUUGCUCGAUAUAUCCAACACAUGGAGCAAGAGCUGAAGGCUCAAGGACAGGAGCAGGAACAGGAACGGCAGCAUGCUGCCACCAAACAGAAAGCAGUUGGUGUGCAGUGUCCUGUGUGCAGAGAGCCUCUCGUGUAUGAUCUUGCAUCACUGAAAGCAGCUCCUGAGCCCCAACAACCCAUGGAGUUGUACCAACCUAGUGCAGAGAACUUGCGUCAGCAGGAAGAGCUAAAACAACUUUAUCAGAGGCAGCAGGAACGGGGUGGCAUCAUUGACCUUGAGGCUGAGCGGAACCGGUAUUUCAUCAGCCUUCAGCAGCCUCCUGCCCCUGUGGAAGCUGAGUCAGCCGUGGAUGUUUCCAGAGGAUCCCACCCACCUAAUGCCCUUGCCACAGAACAGUCCAACUCACCAGCUGCCCAGCCAACCCUGCCAACUCCUCUUUCUAUGGCUACCCAGUAUACGUGUGAGAAGUUCCCAGGGACUGGGCCAAAUCAACAGAGGUUGGGUGAGACCCAGAAAGCUACUCUAGAUCCCCCCAGGUCCAGUCAAAGCCCCUGGCGACAGCCUAGUCGGAGGCACCUGAAGGGAGGGGAGUGCUGUGCUCCCAAAGGUACCAGUGAUUCCCAGGAACUACCACCUCCUGAGAGGCCCCUCAAAGAGCCUUUGGACCUAAAGCUGGAAUCCCGUAACCAAGGGGUUGAAGGUCCGCCCCAAGAGAAGGGGCCUGGCAGCUGGCAGGGUCCCCCACCCCGCAGGACUCGGGACUGUGCUCGCUGGGAGCGCUCCAAAGGCCGGACAGCGGGUUCUUCCUACCCUCGCCUGCCUCGGGGUCAGGGAGCAUACCGGCCUGGUACUCUGAGGGAGCCUCUGGGCCUGGAAUCUGAAGAUGGUUCCUAGCACUAUUGUGGGGGGACAGGGAAUUGGGGGUGGGUGGGAAGCAAUAAAGAAAUUAAGCCUUGUUCGUUUUCUUUCUCAGUAGUGUCUAACCUGUAAUGUAUGACUCUCUGAGUUCCUAGCAAGAUUGGGGUAUGACAGUGUAGCCCCUACCUCCAUUCUUAAUUAUCCCAAGAAAUCAGGGUGAAAAGGGUUCGGCUCCUCUACUGUAAUGAGUUUCAGAGGUUGACAUUUGGGUGGAAUUUUUAGAAAGCACUAUAACAUAACCCACUGUGUAUUAUUUUUUUUAAUAUUUAUUUUUUAAUUAUAGGUGGACACAAUAUCUUUAUCUUAUAUUUAUGUGGUGCUGGAGAAUUGAACCCAGUGCCUCAUGCAUGUUAGGCAAGCACUCUACCUCUGAGCCAUAAUCCCACUAUGUAUUCGACCAUGUUAAUACAUGUUCCUCACUUGGAUGCCCUUAGAUGGAGGCACGUAUCUUCCGAUUUAGAGCCUCUUCCUCCUCUCUUAGGCUAGACCCCACAUCAUCUGUAUAGGUUUUGGAAUGAUUAACCCUUAUAUAGUCCCCUGUGAUUGCAGCCCUUCGUUUUGUAUUAAGUACUAAUUUGAGAGAGGGAGGGAGAGACAGGGACCAGAGUAGUAUGGCAAGUGUUUAUUGAUUUCCUCUAGGAGGAGAGCCCAGCACAGCCUGGCUGAUUACCUCAGAGACUCGGUAUUCUGAAUUGCCCCUGUGGGGUCAUUUUUAUACAACAUGAAGUAGCCCUGCACUUGGGCUGGACUGAUCUGGGUUGUAGCUUGAAGGACAUGAUCUGCAAAGGUUUCAGCUAAAGAAGGUGCUUGCCCUGGAUAGAACCUCUGGAACAUUUGGAUCAGCUGCCAGUGUGAACAGUAGCCCACGUACUCCUUCAGAUCUACUCUCCCAGGGCGUAUCAGGGCAGGGUCCAGCCUAGGAGGAGAGUCACAAGCAACAGUCGCACUAGCACACCAAAAAUGAUGGUCUCCUCAACUUCCUAAUUCUCCCAAGACAUGGAAUGGAUUCUUCCCUCACUCCUUACCUAUCAACAUGGUUGGUGGUCAUGAACACAAUGCGUGCCUCAGUGGAAGCCACUCCAUCCAAGGCAUUGAGCAGUCCACUGAAGCCAAGUCUCGACUGAGAAAAGCAGCAUCCACAUCCUCCAGGAGCACCAGACUUUGCUGUGGGGCCACACUCAGCAGGUAAUUGAGCCGGUCAUCAGAGAGGCUAGAGUCUGUGAGACUCAGCAGGCAGAUGCUAUGUUCCAGUUCCCCAGCCAGGGCUGUG